GCCGCUUCCAUACGUGUCAGUCAAUUCAUCCAACGCCAUAAAAAACACAGCUUUCCCAUCUUCUUCUUCCACCUGCGGCUGCACAGCUUAUGGCGGACAGUGGCGCCCAGCAGCAGCAACACACGACCGGCAGCCACGGUGAAGGACCACCGGCGCUCGCCGUGCCGGCGCUCCUGGCACUUGCAAGCGGCCUGGCCGUCCUCUCAGGCACGGCCUUGGCCGCCUCCGUCGUGGGGCUGGCCGUGGCCACGCCGCUGUUCGUGCUCUUUAGCCCGGUGCUCGUCCCGGGGGCACUGAUGGCGGCGCUGAUUGGCACCGGCAUGGCGGCGACAGGCGCGCUGGCCCUCGGGGCGCUGGCGUUGCUGUCGCCGCUGGUGAAGGCGGCAAGGAAGGCCGCGGCGAGCCCGCCCGACUACGUGGCGGAAGGGAAGCGGCGGGUGGCAGAGGUGGUGGGGCCCACGACGGCGCACGUGGAGGCCGGCCAGGCCAUGAAAACGGUGGAGCGAGGGCCGCCAAGCCGAUGGCCAUAUGUGCCACAACACAGGCCUUAAGCUCUAUGCUGCUUUUAGAAUUGUUGUUAUGUCUGUUCUAGCUAGUCAGUGCUGUAAUAAUAAUCAUGGCAUGGAACCUGUCACCAAAUGAAGCAUAUGCAAGCAAUCUUUUCAUUCUUCCUUUGCUGGAAAUAUGAAUAUUCUGUGGGUAGUAGAUUAAUUCCAAAUCCAUCUGGAUGUUUAUCAGACUGGUCUGAUAAAAUGUACUGUGCUUGCAUAUA